CGCACGGCAGCCCCCCGGGCUAGCCAGCGGCAGCGGCGGGCCGGGCAGGCGGGGCGGGCGCCUUGCAAGCUGGUGCAGCUAGAUUAAAGGAUUUACCUGAAGACAAAGCAUUCUAUUCAUCAGAGACUAGACAAGAGUUACUCUUGCUUUUGCCAAUUAAAGAUGAUGUUGUCAUGGAAACAGUUGAUCCUGCUUUCAUUCAUUGGCUGCCUGGCAGGUGAGCUUCUUUUGCAAGGCCCCGUGUUUAUCAAAGAGCCCAGCAACAGUAUUUUCCCUGUUGGCUCGGAGGAUAAAAAAAUAACAUUAAAUUGUGAAGCAAGAGGCAACCCUUCUCCUCAUUACAGGUGGCAGCUGAAUGGCAGUGACAUUGAUACAAGUCUGGACCAUCGUUACAAACUGAACAGAGGAAACCUCAUAGUUAUUAACCCUAACAGAAAUUGGGAUACUGGAAGUUACCAGUGUUUUGCAACAAAUUCUCUUGGAACAAUAGUCAGCAGAGAAGCUAAACUCCAAUUUGCCUAUCUUGAAAAUUUUAAGAGCAGAAUGAGAAGCAGAGUGUCAGUUCGUGAAGGCCAGGGAGUGGUACUUCUCUGUGGACCCCCACCACACUCCGGGGAACUUUCAUAUGCUUGGGUCUUCAAUGAGUAUCCAUCAUUCGUUGAAGAAGACAGUCGAAGAUUUGUCUCUCAAGAGACAGGACACCUCUACAUAGCUAAAGUGGAGCCAUCUGAUGUGGGAAAUUACACAUGUGUGGUGACCAGCACUGUGACAAAUGCCAGAGUAUUAGGCUCCCCAACCCCUUUGGUGCUACGCUCUGAUGGUGUCAUGGGUGAAUAUGAACCCAAAAUAGAACUCCAGUUUCCAGAAACUCUUCCAGCAGCUAAAGGUUCAACUGUGAAGUUGGAAUGCUUCGCCCUAGGGAACCCUGUUCCUCAGAUUAAUUGGAGAAGAAGUGAUGGGAUGCCGUUUCCCACCAAAAUUAAGCUGAGGAAGUUCAAUGGUGUGCUCGAAAUUCCAAACUUCCAACAGGAAGAUACAGGCUCCUAUGAGUGCAUUGCUGAAAAUUCACGAGGAAAGAAUGUGGCGAGAGGACGGCUCACUUACUAUGCAAAACCUUAUUGGGUUCAACUCUUAAAAGAUGUAGAAACUGCUGUGGAGGACAGUCUUUAUUGGGAAUGCCGGGCAAGUGGGAAGCCUAAACCCUCCUAUCGGUGGCUGAAAAAUGGAGAUGCCUUAGUACUAGAGGAGAGAAUACAGAUAGAAAAUGGUGCCCUUACAAUAGCCAACCUCAAUGUGACUGACUCUGGAAUGUUCCAGUGUAUAGCAGAGAACAAGCAUGGCCUCAUCUACUCCAGUGCUGAGCUCAAAGUAUUAGCUUCUGCUCCAGAUUUUUCAAGGAACCCUAUGAAAAAAAUGAUUCAGGUGCAGGUGGGCAGCCUGGUGAUCUUGGAUUGUAAACCCAGCGCCUCUCCAAGGGCACUUUCUUUCUGGAAGAAGGGAGACACUGUGGUCCGGGAGCAGGCAAGGAUUUCUUUUUUAAAUGAUGGAGGACUCAAAAUUAUGAAUGUGACUAAGGCUGAUGCUGGAAUCUACACCUGCAUAGCAGAAAACCAGUUUGGCAAAGCGAAUGGCACCACCCACUUGGUUGUGACAGAACCAACAAGAAUAAUUUUGGCACCUUCUAACAUGGACGUUGCCGUUGGUGAGAGCAUCAUUUUACCUUGCCAGGUUCAACAUGACCCCCUAUUAGACAUAAUGUUUGCCUGGUAUUUCAAUGGAACUCUUACGGACUUUAAGAAAGAUGGAUCGCACUUUGAGAAAGUUGGUGGGAGUUCGUCAGGUGAUUUAAUGAUCAGAAACAUUCAACUGAAACACAGUGGAAAGUAUGUAUGUAUGGUGCAGACAGGGGUGGACAGCGUUUCAUCUGCAGCUGAGCUCAUAGUGAGAGGUUCACCUGGACCACCGGAAAACGUGAAAGUAGAUGAAAUUACAGACACAACAGCCCAGCUCUCUUGGACGGAAGGCACCGACAGUCACAGCCCAGUUAUAUCAUAUGCAGUCCAGGCUAGGACACCUUUCUCUGUGGGCUGGCAAAAUGUCAGAACAGUACCUGAGGCCAUUGAUGGAAAAACACGAACAGCUACUGUUGUGGAGUUAAACCCAUGGGUGGAAUAUGAAUUUCGCGUUGUAGCCAGUAACAAAAUCGGAGGUGGAGAACCCAGUUUACCCUCAGAAAAAGUAAGGACUGAAGAGGCAGCUCCAGAAGUCGCACCUUCUGAGGUCAGCGGAGGAGGUGGAAGCCGAUCUGAGCUAGUGAUAACCUGGGAUCCAGUCCCUGAAGAACUCCAGAAUGCAGGAGGCUUCGGGUAUGUGGUUGCUUUUCGCCCACUUGGGGUUACCACCUGGAUCCAGACGGUGGUGACAUCCCCAGAUAAUCCAAGAUACGUCUUUAGGAAUGAAAGCAUCGUGCCCUUUUCGCCAUAUGAAGUUAAAGUGGGUGUUUACAAUAACAAAGGUGAAGGACCCUUUAGCCCAGUGACAACUGUGUUCUCCGCAGAGGAAGAGCCUACAGUCGCCCCAUCUCACAUCUCUGCGCAUAGUCUGUCCUCCUCAGAAAUUGAAGUUUCAUGGAACACAAUUCCCUGGAAGUCGAGCAAUGGACAUUUACUUGGCUAUGAGGUGCGGUACUGGAACAAUGGAGGAGAAGAAGAAUCAUCCAGCAAAGUGAAAGUGGCAGGAAAUCAGACAUCAGCUGUGCUCCGAGGCCUGAAGAGCAACCUGGCAUAUUACACAGCCGUCCGGGCUUACAACAGCGCAGGCGCUGGUCCCUUCAGUGCCACAGUUAACGCGACCACCAAGAAAACCCCUCCCAGUCAGCCACCAGGAAAUGUUGUUUGGAAUGCUACAGACACUAAAGUGCUGCUUAACUGGGAACAAGUGAAAGCCAUGGAGAAUGAAUCAGAAGUAACAGGCUACAAGGUUUUCUAUAGGACUAGCAGUCAAAAUAAUGUGCAAGUACUGAACACAAACAAAACUUCAGCUGAGCUGUUGCUGCCUAUCAAGGAAGACUACAUCAUUGAAGUCAAGGCCACCACAGAUGGAGGGGACGGCACCAGUAGUGAGCAGAUCAGGAUUCCAAGAAUAACCAGUAUGGAUGCAAGAGGAUCCACUUCAGCCAUUUCUGACAUCCACCCUGUGUCAGGUUACAUAUCCGUCCUACUGUUCUUUAUUGUAAAUGCUUUGUGGUGAUAGGGCUUUUUUUAUUAUUUAUUGGAAAGUUAAUUGGUUACCCCCCCCCAAAAAAAAGUGCUUUCUAAAACAGUGAUUAUGCAUGUUUUUACAGCUCUGUGUUUUUAAAUUUCUACUUCAUUAUAGGUAAAAUAUGAAUAUAAUAAAAACAGUAAAUCCUUUUAGAGGAAUCUGAGAUGCCUUAAUAUUUGCUUGGUAAACCAAAGGAACUUGCAAAUUACAAACUGCAAACUUUUUUGAUAGAAAUAUUCUUAUGUUAUGAGUUUAAUCACUUGCCUAUGUGUGAGGCACAUACAAACACAGGAUACAUAAAAACACAGUGCACAUAUGAUGUAUGGAAACACAUAGUACAUAUACAGUACAUACAACACACAAUGCACAAGCACAUACAUACAUACACACAAACACAAACAGAUUUUUUUCUAUACUAAAAACCUUAUUUAUUACAAAUGUUCUUUUCCCAUUAUUACAACAUCACCUAUCAUUUUUAAAUUACUAAUUUGAUCCCUCAGAGGAAACAUGCACUUAAACUGUUAUUCUGGAAGGGAACAGCCUGGAAGGGAGUAUUGUUAGUAAAUGCUACUCUGAGUUUGGGAAAGUGACACUUGCAUCAAUGUGCUACUGUAUGGCUGUGAGAUUUCCUUUGUCACUUCUUUCUCUCAUCUCUCACUUAUUUAUUCUAUAAAGUGAGGUGACAAUAUUUCUCCUAUUGCCUUUUACUGCAAGAAUUUAUUGUUAAAAACAAAGAAAGAAGGAUGAAAGCAUGGUUUCUUCCCCUAUGCAGUGUCCCUCUGCAGAAUCUUACAUGAACCUCCUAAGGUAAACACAAACCAGGCACUUUUCUGAAGUUUGCUGGCAUUGCAUGCUCUCCUUAGGAUUGUCUGUCUUUUUCCGAAGAUGGAAAUUGAACCCCAGUGAAGACUGUGACAGUGUUCCCUUUUGUUGGUAUUUACAAAAAUAAGAUGGAACAUGGAAAUUAAUACAUUUUAUCCUUCCUCAAAAAUUAAAGUAAAAUUAGUUAAGACUCACUCUCUUCCCAUGUUAAAAAAAAAUAAGCUUUCAGCCUUUGUCAAAUCCCAGUAGAGAAAAUAAGAAAAAAUAUAUCUUAACCCAAAUAUGAAACAAAAGGCAUACAAUUCUUCAUUUAUAAUUUCUGAUUCCACUAAGGGGCCCUCUCUCAGUUUGGAUGGCAGAGAAGGUUUUUUUUUUUUUAAUUGAAAUUCCACUCUCUAUCUCAUUGAGUCAGGCAGGCUUUUCCAUUCCCAGGUUAAAUUUGUAAAAGAACAUGGUGAUGUUUCUGGCUUUGAUAUGGAUGACUCAAGUCUUUCAAUAUGUGAUUUUCAAAGGACUGUGGAAGACCUGACUUUGCAGUAAUAUGUAAAAAGUAUAUGAAAAUCAGUAGAUUGAGUGCUAGACAUUCAAAAUCAAUUUUUUACCACUUACCUACCAAUUUCACAUUUUGCUGGAUUUUUUUUCAUAUUACCAAAGGUAGCAAAAUUAGAAACCGAUGGUAUAGCUCUCAAAAAACAUUGAAGAUUACCCAAAUUCUGAUGCCAUUUUAGUAUACCACCCUUCCUUCAGAGAUGCCAUUCAAGACAAGGUCACUAUGUAAAAAGGAGAAUGAUUAUUUUAAGAUUUUCUGUAGGGUCUGUAAAUAUUGUAUAUAUCAAGAAGAAAUCUGAAUGAUGAGUUGAUUUCAUAUGACCAUUGUUAUUUCAGUCAAAUGUGGGGAAACACUUUUCUCCAAUCCCCGCGCUUUAUGGUACAUAUAACAGAACUAUACCUUUUUAUUUUCUGAUGACUCCUAGAAUUUCUUCCUAUAGUUUUCUUUUCCAAGAUGGCUAUUGUCUUGUUUCCUAUUAUUUCUAUCAGUAUAUCUCCAUGAGAUGUAGACACUGUUUCAUAUUGAAAAGUCUAAAUUUUACUCUUUAAAUUCCUGUGUGUGUAUCCUAUGGUUAUGUGUAUGUAUGAUUUUCUAUUAUUCUAAUAAAAUUUAUAAUAAUCAAA